AUGAAUAAUAAAAAAAAAAAAAAUUUAUCACAAGAAAAAAGUAAAGAUCAAGAAGAAUUAUCUUCUGGUUCAGAUACGGUACAAGUAUCAGAUACAGAACAAGUAUCAAAUACAGAACAAACAUCAGACACAGAACAAAUAUCAGAUACAGAACAAGUAUUCACCAAAAGAUCUCAUACUCGUAAAGACUCAGAUCAAAAUUGUAUUUGUGAUGUUAUUGAAGAAAGUUUAUUUGAAGAAUUAAACGCUUCUAAAUACUGGAGCUUGAUGAUUGAUGAAUCUAGCACUAUUUCAGAUGACAAACAUUUAGCAAUUGUA